AUGACUGGUGAAGGGAUACAACGUCAGUUACUUCAGGAAUUACAGAAGCAACGAUUUCAACAAUUGGGUCAUCAGCUCACAUCACUUUGUUGGGAUAAAUGUGUUUCAAAAUUAAGUAACUCAUUGGAUUCAAGAACUGAAGGCUGCAUAGCUAACUGUGUGGAACGAUACAUAGAUGUAUCAGGUGUUCUAACAAGUCGUCAGAAUGAAACACGUUUAGGAUUUAUUGAUGUCAAACCUAAUGAUUAG